GUGAUGCUCAAAUUUGACUACUUUAGAUAGAGAGUUGCAGAUGGACUGUUUAUGUGAUUAAAACAAAUUACAAAAGAGAAGGCAGAAACAAAUUAAUGGCUGAGGCUGCAGUGUGUGCUCUAGUCCGGAAACUUGGUGAUCUGAUAGUGCAAGAAGCCAUAAAUUUGCAUGGAGUGAGAGGGGAAGUAGAGUGGUUGGAACGAGAACUGCGGCGAAUGCAGUGCUUCUUGAAGGAUGCAGAUGCAAAGAAGAACAAGGGUGAUGAUGAGAGGGUGAAGAACUGGGUCACAGAGAUGAGAGAUCUGGCUUUUGAAGCUGAGGACAUCAUUGACACUUUCAUGUAUUUAAAGCUGCGUAGACAACAGAAGCAGCCUGGUUGCAUUGGUUUCAUGAAGAGGUAUGUAUUUAUACUUGAUGAAUUAGUCAAUAGACACAAGAUUCAUGUAGAUGUUGAAGUGAUAAAAACCAAGUUGCAGGAGCUAUCUCAAAGUAGAUUAUUAUAUGGCAUUGCCAACAUAGGUGAAACAAUUGGCACAACUAGUCACUACAGAAGUCAACAUGUGAUCCCUAUAUUGCCCCAACUGAGUGAUGACAUUGAUAUGGUUGGCUUUGAUGAUGAGAAGAAAAAGAUUGUGCAAGAGUUGGUUGACAUAAACAAUACAAAUCGGUCAGUGAUCUCUAUAGUUGGUAUGGGUGGUCUGGGAAAGACUACACUUGCCAAAUCUGUUUAUAAUGAUCUUGAAGUCAAGAGAAGUUUUGAUGUAUUUGCAUGGGUAAUCAUAUCUCAACAAACUUGUUCAAAGGUGCAAGGGUCUACCAUUGGCACUAGUAGUCCUUUGGGGGACUUGUCUCAACUAAACCACAAACCCAAGAUGCAUGGCGAGAAAGUUGUUGAGAGCAUGAAAGGGCAAUUUGUGGAAGGUGGAGAAAGUUGCUUCACAGAGGACAAGGAUAUUCCUGCAAAAACAUUAAUUAGAUUGUGGUCAGCGAAGGAAGUUCCAUCAUGGAUUGGUCAGUUUCGCAAUCUUCAGACUUUUAUUAUCGCAAGUGGUAAUAUGAAAGAGAUAUCAGAUUCACUCUGGAGGAUUGACAAUCUCAGGGAAUAUGUUGCCAAAGCUCACAAAUCUGCGCAAAUUGAAAAAUCAAGAAAAGUCUCUUAUGAUCAUGCCAAUGCACUAUCUUCAUCACUCCAGAAAUUGGAGUUGGAUAAAUCUCAUUUGGAGCAAGAUCCAAUGGCAACACUAGAGAACCUGCAAUUUCUUAAAUAUCUUUCACUUGGAAUGCUGUCAUAUCGAGGCAAAAAGAUGAUAUGUUCAGCAACAGGUUUCCCGCAACUACUGUCCUUGUCCAUCACGUAUUUUGACAAACUUGAGGAGUGGAAGAUAGAGGAGAACUCAAUGCCAUGUCUCAAAUAUUUAAAGCUUGUUGCUUGUCUAAAGUUGAAGGUGAUUCCAGAAGGACUGAAGAAUGUGCCACUUGAUCAAUUGGAAUUGAGUCAAAUGCCUGAAGAAUUAGAAACCAGGAUUAAGGAGAACACAGGAGAAGACUGGUACAAGAUACAACAUGUGCCCAACAUCUCCGCUAGUUAUUAUAUAGGAGUGGCUUCAAGGGUAUUGAUUGUGGGCUUGAAUAUUGCAACUAGCCAGAGAGUUGCAGAGCGGCCUGUUUGUGUGAUUAAAACAAAUUACAAAAGAGAAGGCAGAAACAAAUUAAUGGCUGAGGCUGCAGUGGGUGCUCUAGUCCGGAAACUUGGUGAUCUGUGCUUCUUGAAGGAUGCAGAUGCAAGGAAGAACAAUGGAGAUGAUGAGAGGGUCAAGAACUGGGUCACAGACAUGAGAGAUCUGGCUUUUGAAGCUGAGGACAUCAUUGACUCUUACAUGGAUUUCAAGCUCCGUAGACAACAAAAGCAGCCUGGUUGCAUUGGCUUCAUCAAGAGUCUUCUAUAUUCUGAAUUGGAGCAAGACCCAAUGGCAACACUAGAGAAGCUACAAUUUCUCAAAUAUUUACACCUUGGCUCAUAUGAGGGCAAACAGAUAAUAUGUUUAGCAACAGGUUUCCCUCAACUGUUGACCUUGUAUAUUGAAUGUUUUUCCUGA